AUGUCGUGGACUCUAGUCGGCGACGUGGUUAUUAGUUUAUCCAUCAGUGUGUAUUCAGACCGCGCGGGGCGCAGGCAGGUUCUUGCCUUGGGAUCAUUGUUGAUGGCAAUGAGUGGAUAUGUCUUCGUCACCUGUGACAAUUUCUGGUUGUUGCUCGGAGCUAGCGUCGUUGGAGUCGUUAGCCCCAGUGGCGCAGAUGUCGGUCCGUUCAAAGCCGUGGAAGAAUCGGCCAUGGCGCAAUUAAUGCCAGCUCACAAUUACAACGCGAUCCUCUCAUGGUACUAUAUGCUGGGCUCCUGGGGAGCAAUGAUUGGGACGUUGUCGUGUGGCUGGUUGUUACAGUUGCUCGAGGAUCAAGGCUGGGGAACAGUAGAUGCAUACCGCUGCGUUUUCUGGAUAUACGCAGCGAUGGGACUAGUGAAGCUCGCCUUAUCGGUCAUCCUUAGCCGAGAGUGUGAAAGCCAUUUGACCCAAAAUAAAAUAGCUGACAGUGAGAAUGAAGUACACGACCAAAGUGAUAGAGAGACUGAACCACUUCUCCGCCCAAGCGAUAACUCUCUCAUCCAUGCUGAGGAGCCACCCACCCUUAUUCCUUCAAUGAACGCAAGCACAAGAAACUUCGUAUGGAAACUGUGCUUUGUCCUGAUCCUGGACAGCAUUGGAAGUGGUCUGUCUAAUAAUUCUUGGAUGGCCUAUUACUUCAACCAGAACUUCCAGGUCGAACCUGGGAUCCUAGGCUCCAUUUUCUCCGGCUUCAAUUUUCUGACGGCGCUGUCUAAUGUGCUUGCGGUUCCUUCCGUAAGACAUAUUGGGUUAAUUAGAACCAUGGUCUUAGGUCAUACUGUGGCAUCCACUGCGCUUCUUUUACUUCCUGUCCCCAGUCAACUCGCUGUCGCUACCAUCCUGCUCCUACUUCGAGCAACCUUUAUUGAUUUCCAUCAACCAUCGCGACAGACCUUUAUAUCUCAAUCAGUGGGGCCGAAAGAGCGAACUGCAAUCCUGGGCACUGUGAAUGUGAUCCGGACCCUGGCUCAGAGCCCGGGGCCAGUGAUCACUGGGUUCCUGGGGAUCGUGGCAAGCUAUGGCUGUCAUUCUCACUGGCCGGAGGAAUCAAGAUAA